AUGGAUGAAAUUUAUAAGAUCGCUUCCACGGAAAGGAUCCAGCAGUUAGAAAAAGAACUGUCUGUGCAACUGACUGAACUGAAGUCUGCAAUAGAAGAAGAGGAGACUCAUGGAGCUUACAGCUCUGUUCGAAUACCAAAGGACAUUUCUUACUUUAGAAGAGAAAGGGAACUGGCUCUAAAGAAAACUUUACAGUCCCUCCAGUACUUGCCCAUCUCCAAAGUGCUGAGUGUAGCUGUCGAUGAAGUCCCUGAGGCUGGUCAGGAGAAUGAAAAGGUCUGUGUCAAUGACAUCAACCCUAAAAACCAGGGUUCUGCAUCUACAGGCUCGGUGGAUACCAGCAUUUCAGGGCUGACAAGAACAGAAGCUGUUUUUUUCCUGCCCCAACACACGACUGAAAGAGAAGAACUGACACCUCAGCUGGGGCUCCUGCUCUCCCAUUUCAAUAUCCCCUAUGACGUGGAAGAGCUGAGAGAUGCUGCUCAGGAAAUGGAACUUUUUAACUUGGUUUCCCUAAAAUUUCAAAGCAUCUUCAUGGAGCAACAGAGAAUGCAAACAUUUCCAGAUUAUGAUGCGGAGAUAGCUAAAGUGGAGAAUUUGGGUUUGGCAGGACCUGGUAUGGCCUUGAAAAAGAGAGCUAACUGGACUUCCUUUAUAAAGAUAAGGAGACCUAUGGUGACAGUCACCUGUCACAAAAUUAAGCCAAAAUGUGAUCCUUGGCAAAAGAAGAUUUUGACCAAACUAAAAGAAUGGAAAAGAAUAGAUGUAUUAAUGCAACUCCAAGCAAAGUUUUUGAAGAAUGAAAAUAUGAGGGAAGAUGACCUUUCAAUGGAACAAAAUGAAAAUGACCUAGCACAAAUUAGUCGCUGCCAACAUGCUGAUGAGCCUGUCAAGCAGAAAAAAGAGAAAGGGUACAGCUAUGCAAUGGCCCUACAACUGCUGGGUUUGGAUGGUGGGAGUGGGCCCAGUAAUAGGGGUCCUGUCCUGAUGAGAGGGACCUACUUGUCCUUUCCGUAUCUGCGCCACCUGCAAAUCAGGGAGCUGCAGGUCCACAGUGUCCAAUUCAUGGAGUUCUCGGAAGUGGAGAACCAGGAUGACUACUACAGCAUGGGUGCUGCUUCCAUCUACACGCAGGACCAGCAUGGAGUACAUAUCAUAUAUGAUGAAGCCUUGAGUGAUCUGAAGGAGCUAGAGGCAGAACUGCUGCUUGUGGCCAGCCAUUACAUUGAGAAAGAAAAAGGUCACAAAGAGGGCAACGAGUCAAAUACUGGCCAGGACUGGGGAUGGGCCCAUGCAAGUGUGGACAGAUUUGCUGUGCUGUAUGACAUGUGGACUUGGGAAGCAGCCCUUCUAGAAAACAAGCGCCAGCUUCUUGACUGUUACUUUGAAGCCUACCAGCACGUUCUGGACCCUGAGGAGAGGUUUGCCUUAGCACAAGUGAUCACUGACAUCAUGCACAGGCGCCCAAGGUUUGAUUUCAGCCACCCUUACUUCAUUAAGGCCUACCGAGAUGCAUGCACCUGCCUCAGGCUUCACUUGCAGCUCGUGAGGGGCAUCCUCAAUCAGCACAUAGAGUGUCAGCGGGAGUAUGUCCAGAGGCUUUGGCAGGAAGGCCGUCCGGAUGAUAGCAGUAACUUUGGACUUCCCCUUAACAUAAUUUGCAAACAACUUGUUUCCAUCAACAAUAGCUGCCCAGCCUUGGAAAACAUUUGUCUGCUGGAGUUCCACCCUUCCCUGGGUCUCGCAUCACUCAUCCCCCAAUCCCUUGAGUACGUCCUCCGGGAGGCCCGCCACACCUGCAGACCCACAUCCGUCAGCAGCCUCACCUUGCUGGACAGACGUGUGCUGCACCUGGCUCUGGAUAUGUGGCUCACACCAGCCAGGCCCCAGUCCUGGUACAGCACUCAGCUCCAGAGAGAUCUGUUUUCAGCUAAAGUAAUGGGAGAUCCCUUUCUCCUGGAAGAGAUUGGUCUGCUCGCACUCAAGUCUGCAGCAGACAAAGGACAGAACCAAAGCCAAGAAGAUUCUCCUGUGCUGCUCCUGGAGACAUUUUCUAAACUUCUAGAACUUGUGACCCUCCGCCACCCGCUGAUAGAAAUGAGUCUGGAGAGUGUACACUUAGCUCGUCUCUAUAAGGAAUUGGCAUGGGAGAUGGGUUUUGAAGAGUUCCAUUUGUAUCUGAGACCUGUUCACUUUGAAUUUGCACCACUCAAAGAAAAAGUGGACCAUCCACCUCCUGUCUUUAUUACCUCUCUGCUGAAGGACAGUGAUCAAGUGGACAGAUGUUCUCCUACUACUCUUGUCUUAGCCAUCUCUGAGGUGGAUGAUAACCAGGUUGGCAAGUUUAGCUUUUAUACAAAAGAAGCCAUCCUUAAGCUCUUAUUCCAUUCAGGAGUGGAAAAUAUGCAAGUGACCCUUGCAUGCCAAGCAGCUCAGAAAAAUGCCUUGAUGGUGGCUGUCCAACAGGCAUCCUUCUAUCACACGCCCUGGUGGGACUGUCCUGCUGAUGUGAAGGAAAUAACUUCAGAUCUGAGAAAUCAUGAUGGAAUAGGUCCAGCCAGAAGAAGAAAUUCCAGAAUUGGGAAUGGCAUAGAGAACUUACUAACUUAG